CUCAUACGUAGUAUGUUGCGAAUUUUUAGCAUUUGAUGUGCAAGGUUCGUGUCCGUCGAGAAUCUGUAGUUCACAACAAGUUCCUUUAAUUAUUAAAAAGUCUUUCACGAUUUUCGGUUAUCGAAGGCAUAUCAAAGUCAACGAUAAAAUAUCCCGCCCGUUUAUUACGAUCGGAAUAACGCUAGAAAGAGACAGGUAUCCUCGUAAGCAGUAGUACCCUGCAGAUACAUGAUUGCCCAAGAGAGUAAAGAUAAUAUAACGGAGGAAGAGAGAACGAAGGUAACCUUAUAGGACGGUAGAAGGGAUGCGACGAAAUCAGCCGUAAUUCGUUCAGGCUGUUCAUUUAUAUAGAAAUACGUUGAAAAUGUUUGAGCCUACGGAACAGGGAAAGGAUCUGUGCAUUCAUACGGGAAUUGUUCUUCGAGGUGCAAAUACAAGGGAAGACGAGGUUCACAGCUUAGGCACGUUGAAUAUUGUUGAAUAUAGUUUUGGGAAAUGUAUAGAAUGGAAACCGAUAGAGGAUUCUGUAGUAUCGGAGAAUCAAGAUCAAGACCCAGAGUGGUCUUUGGUAGAUACUCAUACCAGACGUACUCAUACUUCUUCGGAAGGACCAGAUUCUCUUGGACGUACGAGGACUGUUAGAAUUUUAUUCUCAGAUUUGAACUCCUUUCGUGUGAACCAUAGGGGGCAACAGCUCAUAUUUAUGCAAAAAGAUGGUACCACCUAUGUUGCCUUCUUUCAGUUAUCCAAUGCUGAAAGCUUUGUAAAUUCCUUGAAAGGUUUCAUUAAAUUUGUUAAGUCUCGAACGAAUAGAAACUUGUACAUUGUAAUGGACGAAGUGCAGUCUGUACUGACUAGAUCGUUCGCGGAAUUAGACUUAUUUCAAGAGAAUACUUCGGACUAUGUUUGGAAGUUUGUGAAAAAUCUACAUAACCGUCCAUAUGAAACAACAUUGGAAGCAUUUAGUAAACUGGCAGAUAUUUGGUUAUACAAAGAACCCGCUAAACGGCCAGUUGAGGAAGCAGUGGCAGAUUUGUUAAACAGUUCUCUUACCAUCGAUGUUCCUCACCCACCGGUAUCUGUAGGUUCUGGAGAGGAAUAUGAAGUGAUUGGGGGACAUGCAUUGGGUGUGACAUUACCACCAAGACCACCUUGUCCAAGAGGUACACCACUGUCGCAAGAACAGUGGAACAAAUAUAAGGAUCCAGAGGGAAGAGUUUCAAAUCCAGAAGAAGUAAAAAAUAUUAUUUUUCGUGGGGGUAUUGUACCAUCGUUACGUUUUGAGGUGUGGAAAUUUUUAUUAAAUUAUUACCCGUGGAACUCGACACAUGUUGAAAGAUUCGAACUGAAAAAAAAGAAGAUUGAUGAAUAUUUUAUGAUGAAGUUACAAUGGAGGUCUAUGACCCCGGCACAAGAAAGCAAUUUCUCCGAUUACCGGGAUCGAAAAAAUUUGAUAGAAAAAGAUGUGAACAGAACGGAUAGAACACAUCCAUAUUAUGCGGGUGAUAACAAUCCACAUUUAGCACAAUUGUAUGAUAUUCUUAUGACCUAUGUAAUGUACAAUUUCGAUUUGGGAUACGUUCAGGGUAUGAGCGAUCUUCUCAGUCCUAUUUUAUGUUUAAUGGAAAGUGAGGCUGACGCGUUUUGGUGCUUCGUUGGUUUCAUGGAUAAAGUGAGUACCAAUUUCGAGAUGGAUCAAGCUGGAAUGAAAGCCCAAUUGUGCCAAUUAUAUACUCUUUUGAGUACUGUAGAUCCACAAUUAGCAAAUUACCUGAAUAAACAUGAUUCAGGCAAUAUGUUCUUUUGUUUCCGUUGGCUUUUGGUAUUAUUUAAAAGGGAAUUCCACGCGUUGGAUAUAAUGAAAUUAUGGGAAAUAUUGUGGACUAACUUACCAUGUCCAAAUUUCCACCUGCUUUUGUGUGUGGCCAUUUUAGAUACGGAAAAAGUUCCGCUUAUGGAAAAUAAGUAUGGUUUUACGGAGAUAUUAAAGCACAUAAACGAUCUUUCACUCCAUAUCGAGUUACCUUGGACAUUAUCCAAAGCAGAGGGCAUUUAUUAUCAACUAAUGUCGGUUGCGGCCCAGUUACCUAAUAACGUUCGUACAAUAAUUGGCCUUGAAUCUUUGAACAGAGAAUCUGCAGCUGGUGAUGCAGAAAACGACGAAGCUUUCGGCCAUAACGCCCAAGCUGAUGGAAAUAAUAGUAAUUCGAGGAGAAAUAGUACAGAAAGUGGCAAUGUUAAGUUCGGGGCUAACGAAGUGGCGUUCGAACGUGGAUUGAACUUAUCGUACAUGUGAGACCAGGAUCGGUCGUUUAUCAUAA